CGUCUUGCCCGGCGAUCCCAGGGGCUGCGAGGGAACGGCCGGGCACUGCUGCGACCUUGUCCUCGUCCCUCCCCUGCCACUUGCCCUUGUCCCUGCCCUGCCCCUUAGCCGUGUGCUUCCCCUGCCCCUUGGCCGCCUCAGUGCCGCCCCGCCCCAGCUGGGCACCGGCUACCGCCACCUCUUUCCCACCUCCUUCUUUCCAGCGCUCACCGUGUUCCCCUCAGUCCUGGGAAAAGGGGAAAAACUCUGUUUUCUGUGAUUACUUUUGCAGGAAGGACUGUUUGUCUAAAGGAGUGUUUCACCGAGAGAUAGCUUUUGAAAAAAAACUUCCUGUGCUGCUUGCUUAAGUACCCUUGUUGCCUCCCUCUGCACUCUUGCAUUAACCUACCUAGUAAUUUGCACUUAAAUGUGAUGCGGAUGAACUAAAAGUAGUUCUCCCUUCAGAUAGUGACGUGGGAUUGUGGGACAGAAGAGAUGCAGACAUAUAUCUCAACAGGAAUAUUGUUUGAACAGUUAAAAUCACAGAUAUACUGGCUGGAAGGCACUUCUGAGCAUCAUCCAGUCAGAAUUCUUGCUUGGAGCAGGACAGUUGUUCACACUGGAUUAAGCCAGUCCCAGGAACCUGUGAUUCUGAAGACUGCCUGAUCAUCAUGGUUCGUGCUACUGUUUAUGUGGGUUGCACUGUUCCUCAGUUACUGAGAGGUGCUCAGAGCAGAAUUUUUCCCUCUCAUUCUCUAUUGGGGGUGUUGAGACACUCUGCUUUUCCUUACUGCACAGGAAAUGGCACAAUAAAAUCAAAAAGGAAAAUGGAUCAUCUAGAGAGGACAGCAAAUAAUUUUCGACAGGAGGUAAUUACACAAGCAAAAGUGUGUGGAAUCACCAAUGAAUCGGAGACAGUCAAAAGGCUUCGUUUGGCAAUUUCAAAUAAGGAUUUUACUUUCAAAGCAGGACAGUGGGUUGAUUUCUUUAUUCCUGGAGUAUCUGUAGUUGGAGGAUUCUCAAUAUGUUCAAGCCCUGGCCUGUUAGAACAAGAAGGAAUACUAGAGCUGGCAGUAAAGCACACUGUUCAUCCUCCUGCUCACUGGAUUCACACUGAGUGUACUCUUGACUCAGAAGUGGCUCUGCGAGUGGGAGGUGAUUUCUUCUUUGAUCCUCAGCCUGAUGACUCCCCAGUAAACCUAGUGCUGAUAGCAGGGGGUGUUGGAAUUAACCCAUUGUUUUCUAUACUGCUGCAUAUAGCAGAUCUUCAUGGAUACCAAGAGGGUAAAGGAAAUAGACACAAACUGGGAACAGCGAAGCUGUACUACAGUGCAAAAAAUACAAGUGAACUCUUAUUUAAGAAAAAUAUUCUUGGUUUGAUGAAGGCGUUUCCUGGAAAGAUCACAUGUUGUUUCCACGUCACCCAGCAGCGCUCACAGAUCUGUAAAGAACUGCAGCCACACAUUACAGAGGGAAGAAUAUCUGAAAAGGAUCUAGAGAAACACGUAUCUAACGAUACUUCAUGGUACAUCUGUGGUCCCCCUCCAAUGAUAGAAUCUAUAUCCAAACUACUCACUAACAUUGGUGUUCCUAGAAACCGUGUUUUCUUUGAGAAAUGGUGGUAGUGACACCUGCUGAAGAGAAAAUUAUAUUUUUUCCAGUGCAUUUUGAUAAGCUAAAAUGUACAGAGAUGGACUAUUAAUUAUUUUGAAGAUUUUAAUGAAGAUGUCCUCAGUGAUGAAAGUGGUCCUUUAAUUUAACUGUAAUGCCUGUAACACAGUGCUGCUGCUUUGGGGGAAAGAAAAGUGAUUUUAUAUUAAAAACAUUAACUGUCCUGUU